AUGCCUAUUGUCUCCGGAAUAUCAACGCCCAUAGCUAUGGAAUCUCGGGUUGCCGACCGGGCCCCGCGCCUGACGGUCGAGCAGGCUUAUGAGCAUUGCGCUCGGCUGGUGCGCAGUCACUACGAGAAUUUCACGGUGGCGAGCCGGUUGACGCCCAAAUCGAAGCUGCCCCACGUCAGCGCGAUCUACGCCUGGUGCCGCACUGUUGAUGAUCUCGGUGAUGAGGCAGUUCCCGACCAACAUGAUCCAGCCGAGUUCGGACAGUCUGCAACGCGGGCGCUUGUCACAGAGCAUCGUUUGGAACGCCUUGCGUGGUGGGAAGAAGAACUGGAUACCGCCUAUGGUGGGCAACCCGCUCAUCCGGUAACCAUCGCGCUGCAGCACACUAUCGCUGAGUUCGGGAUACCGCGAGAACCCUUUUUGCGUUUGAUACACGCCAAUCGUAUGGAUCAGGGAUCCGGAAGGGUUCAAAACUUUGGAGAUUUACUGCAUUACUGCGAACACUCCGCAAACCCGGUCGGUCAUCUGUAUUUAUACCUGUUUGGAUACGACGACGCAGAACGACAGCGGUUAUCCGACUUCACCUGUACCGGGUUGCAGUUAACCAAUUUCUGGCAGGACGUGGCGCGCGAUUAUCAGGACCGGGACCGAAUAUACCUCCCGCUGGACGAUAUGGAGCGAUUCGGCGUAAAUGAAAGCAACAUCGCCUCCGGAAUCGCUAUCGAUGCCUUCCGGUCGCUGUUGCGUCAUGAAUGUGAACGCGCCAUGGACUUAUUCGCCCGCGGCGCGCCUCUGGUUCCGAAACUGGACCGAUCGUCCCGCCUUCCGGUAGCUCUAUUCACGCGCGGUGGCACAGCAAUGCUCGAUGCCAUUAAGAAACGGAACUACGACGUGCUGAGCGGACGUCCGGCAUUGUCGAGCCGGCGCAAGACGUGGUUGCUGCUAUCCACAUUGCUUUCAGUAAAAUUAGGGAUGGGAUACCGAUUACCGGCGCGCGGCGGUAAGGCAUGA